AUAAGUUUGCGUCUUUUUUAUUACAUAGUUCGCGUUUAAAAACUCCGACUAAACAAAAUAUGAAAACUAUGUGAAAAAGAUUAAAUUAAAAAGAAAUUUUACGAAAAACCUUUAAAAGAUUCCCCAAAGAAUGAAAGUUGAUAAAAUUUAGCGUUGUAAUUGUAUUUAUUGUCGAAAAAAUAGUGAAUUUUAAAAUCGGAACGGGAAAGUGAAGAAAACUUUUGAAGAAGUCUUUAUAAAUGGAGAUGAUGAAAAAAGUUUUAAGACGUCUGUAGAUAAUAAAUUAUUUUAGAUUGUACAUAGAGCUCUAGAAUAAGCUGAAGUUCGUGUAUAAAGUCCUUAAAUUGCGGACUGAAAGUGUAUAAAGUCAAAGUGAAGUUACAAAAUGCGCUUGUGAGACGCGAUUAUAACUAAUUCGGAUUUUAAUUUCCGAUUUUUCUCUACGCUUCCAAGAGGAAAAUCUUAUAAAUAAAUGUGAUUAUCAUCGCAUGAAAGUUUUUGCGCGCAUUUGGAAGUUCAUCAUUAAUAUUCAAUCAAAACAACUUUAUUAAAUAAAUAUGUGUGAAAAAAAUAAUAAAGUAAAACAGGGCACGUAAAUUAAUGUUAGUGAAGAAUAAAAAGGAAUCUUAAAUCCUGAAGUUUGAAAUAAGAAAAAUAUUUCUUAAAAGGAUUUAAGGUUUGAUCGUGUAAAAUAAUGGCAUCACAAGCACCUUCAGGAACAACAGCGGAUCAUUUGCAAAACGAUAACAGUCAAAACUUAAAAGGCAAUGAUUUUCAACAACAAAGUGAGACGGGUCCAAAGUUGCAAAACGGUGGUCAAAUAAAUCCACCAACAGAUCAUCAUGGUAAAGGGAUUAAAUCACCACCAAGUAAUGGAAAUAGUGGGGUUGGUCCACCAAAUGAAAUAAUUCCAGGUCCUGGAUAUCAUCAUGAUCCAAAUCUAGGGCCACCACCUCCAACGUCGCAGCCCGGACAGCAUCAUAUGCAUCAUCCUGGCUCUAAUGAUAAGGAUGAUUUAUCACAACAACAACCUCCACAUCAUCAUCAACAGCAUCCAAUGUACGGUCAUCAACCGAUGCAUGGGCAUCCCAUGCAUGGCCCUCCCCCUCCACAACAACACAUACCAGGCCAUCACAUACCCAUGCAAAUGCAUCAACAAAGAUAUCAUCCUCAUCAACCUGGUCCCCAUGGGCCUCCACACGGCAUGCAACAUCCAAUGCAUCCGCAUGAUCCAAAUCAACAACAACAAAUGGAUCCUUACGGUCAUUAUCGUGGUAUGAUGCCAGCAAGGCCACCACAAAGGUAUGGAUUACCACCUCAAGGUCCUGUGCCGUCUCCAAACACUCAAAAUGUAUCAACUGGUGCUCAGCAGCAACAACAGCCACCCCCUGGUGCUCAACAAGGCCCAACUCCAACACUUAAUUCGCUUUUGCAAUCGCAACCAUCGCCACAGCAAGGUGCUCCACAACAACAGCAAGGAACACCACAUAGAUAUCCAAACCCGACACCAUAUGAUCCUUACGGCCCCCCUGUGAGUGGAAAUGGCCCACCACCAAUUCCGCCAAGCUCAGGAUCGUCAUCGCCCAUGCCAACUCUUUCACAGUCUCAACAACAACAGCAGCAGCAGCAGAGCUGGGCUCCGCCACCUAGACCAUAUAGUCCUCAACAAUAUCGUGGGCCUCCACCUACGAACUCAUCUCGAGGACAACCACCAUAUCCAUCGUCGGGUCAAAGUCCUGGACCUUAUCCAAGUGGACCACCGCCGAAUACAGGUCAAGUUGCAAAUCAACAGCAAACAAAUCAACCUCCAGGUCCACCGAUGCCACCCCAACAGUAUCAGUACCCUCAAAGAUAUCCAACGCCACCAGCGAAUCAGGGACCCCAGCCAUCAAUGGGCCCUCAGAAUCACAGGCCACCUUACUCUCAAUGGCCAUCGCCAGCAGCUAGUCCAGGCCCGCAUACGAAUCUGGGACCUCCCCCAUCCCAGUCGCCUCAUGCACCUCCUCCUCAAAGUCCUGGACCUCAGCAGCAACAUGCUGGUGCACCUUGUAGUCCGUCCCCGCAGCCACCUCAAUCACCCCUUCAGUACCCAAAUCGGCCAAGUCAACCCUCAACACCAAGCACAAAUGAUAAUGAAGUUGGGGUGAAUCAGAAGAAGAAAAGUACAACAGCAAAAAAGAAAACGAAAAAACAGCAAAAGCAAGAGGCAGCGGCUGCAGCUCAGAACAGUUCCAUAGAGAAUUCUUCCAAUUUGGCAGCGAACAAUCAACAACAAAUUCAGCAACCAUCAAAUAAUGUUGCGCAACAGCCUGGACCUGGAGGACACUCAUUACCACAAAACAAUCAACAACAAUCAAUGAGACCGAUUUCAUCACCAAAUAGCUCUUCGUCUGGUUCACGAUCUAUGUCUCCAGCUGUGGGACAAAAUCUGCCAAUGCCUCCAAGACCAUCAAGUAGUCAUUCACAGCAAGGAAUGCCAACAGUACCGAUUCAACAACAACAAUUAAAUCAGGGUUCAAACCAAGGUGGACCGCUUGAAGGACAAAUGACAAGUCCCGGGCCACAGAGUGGUGGACAACCGCCAAUGCAGGGUUAUCCAGGGCAACCACAUAUGCAGCAACAUGGUGGCUACAAAAUGGGUCCUUAUCCUCCACAAUCGCAGUAUUCACAAGGAAAUUACUCGCCGAGAGCUCAAUAUCAGAGUUACGGUAGUCAACAGGUUCCUCCAGGGCCUCCAAAUAGUCCCGGACAGUAUCGGCCAAUGCAUAAUCAUGUGGGCGUUGGACCUCCAGGUGCCCCUCAUACUGGUCAUCCACAAUAUCCGCCACAUCCAGGCUAUCCCCAGGUUUGGCCGCCACCACCUCAAAAUAAUCCCGGACAAAUUUCAAAUCAUAUUCAAGGCAAAAAUAUUGGCCCACCGCCACCUCAAUCGCCACAACAAGGCCAACAACAACAACAGCAGCAGCAGCAACAACCACAACAAGCUGGCGGUUCACCACGUCAAUUAAAUUAUUUAAAGCAACAUCUUCAACAUAAGGGUGGCUACUCUCAAGGUUCGACGCCCCCACCACCUCAAGGAUAUGGUAAUGGGCCUGGUAUCCAUCCAACUAUGGGUCCACCGUCUCAUCAUAUGGGACCACCAUCUGGUCCAGCAUCAAUGGGACCACCACCAGCAUCGACAGGAACACCUCCAACACAUAUGGAGAAUCCUGGAAUGCAAAUGCCUCCUACAAUGCAUCAUCAAGAAGGAAUGGUGGUGACUCAAGAUAAUGGAAUGCCUCCGACAUCACAUCAAGUGACGUCGCUUAUUACCACUGGACCUGACGGUACACCACUCGAUGAAGCAAGUCAACAAAGUACUUUAUCGAAUACAUCGAUAGCUUCUGGAGGUGAAGAUCCGCAACAAUCAACACCGAAAUCACGUAAAUCUGAAAUGAUGUAUAAUCAUCCAAUGACACCAAAUCAAGCAUCGCCUGGAGCGAGUGGUCAUCCACAUAGUGGUGAAGAUUUUGACAUGGGAUCACCUCCAUGGCCUCGAGUUGGACCACCAGCAAGUCCCGUUUUUAAUAGUCAUUCACCAGCUGUGACACCACAAGAUUCGUAUCGAUCAUCGAAGGUAAAAAAAUCUGAUAGCUUAGCCAAACUUUAUGAAAUGGACGAGAAACCGGAAAGACGAAUGUUUUUAGAUAAGCUUUUAGGCUACAUGGAUGAAAUAAGGAAACCAGUGACGGCAUGUCCUACAAUUUCCAAGCAACCAUUGGAUCUUUAUCGACUUUACAUUCAUGUUAAGGAACGUGGCGGUUUUAUGGAGGUUACCAAAAGUAAAACAUGGAAAGAUGUCGCUGGUCUUUUAGGCAUUGGUGCAAGUAGUAGUGCAGCUUAUACAUUGAGAAAGCAUUACAUUAAAAGUAUUCUGCCAUAUGAAUGUCAAUUCGAUCGUGGCGGUAUUGACCCAGCUCCAAUUAUUCAAUCGGUUGAAGCAGGAGCUAAGAAAAAGACAACAAAACCAACAUCGGUUCCUUCACCUGGAUCUAGCAACUCACAGGAUUCUUUUCCUGCUCCAGGAUCAGGUGGUGGAAGUAUGGAUGGCUAUGGAGGGUAUCCAGGACAACCUGGAUAUCCACAAGCUCCAUCAGGUCAGCCUGAUUAUGUCGCCCCAAUGGCACGACCACCUUCACAGACGAAUGCACAAACUCCACAUGCAGCAGGUAAUGCCCAGCCACCUAAUAACGAUAACAUUAGUGUGAGUAAUCCUUUUGAAGAUCCAGUCGCACCACGUCCAUAUCAACAACAUACAGGUGCCCAAUAUCCUCCUGUAUCUCGACCUCAAGGUCCAUAUCCGAAUCAAUAUCAAACUGGUCCACCAUUUGGAGGUCCCGAUCAACAACCUUAUGGACCACACAGUGCAGGACAAUAUCCACCAGCGCAAAACCAAUAUUCGAACAAUCGACAAAUGUAUCCGCCUUAUGGUCCCGAAGGAGAACCUAAUUUUAGAAGUUCUGGUCCCCCCACAAAUGACGCUUAUCGUGGCUAUCCUGGACAUGGUUAUCCCCCACCGCCAGGAAGUCAGCAACAGCAAGGUCCACGACCUCCAUACGUUCAACAACAACAGCAGCAGCAACAACAGCAACCACCAGUUUCAUCUGGCACUCCACCUCACAGUCAUAGUCAAACACCAUUCCCAUCGGCUGGAGCAUCAGUCUCAUCAGCACCUCCUGGUCCACAGCAACAUCCUCCGUCAUCUGCUGUAGUGAACAGCAAUGUACCAUCAACACAGCCACAACCUGGAUUGCCUCCAGUUUCUUCGGGACCACAAAAUUAUCCUCCGUCAGGUGUUCCACCUCCACAAGACUAUUUCCGACCUGAUCAGUCUCCUGGCACCAUCGACUUGAAGUCUGAAUUAGCUCGUGAACUGGUCGGAGGCGCAACGUCAAGGCACCAAAAUCAAUCGAAUAAUGCACAACCUCGAAGACAUCCUGACUUUACGAAAGAUUCUAAUCAACAACCUUAUCCACCUUAUGGUCCAUCUCAGAGGCCUCAAAUGUAUGGAGGUUGGCCACCAAAUGCAGCAAGUGGUGGACAAUAUCGCCCACAAUAUCCACCACAAGCAAGUCCACAAUGGGGACAAGGACCUCGACCAGGACAAGGUCAAGGUCCAAAUCAAUGGGAAGCUAAUCGUUAUCCUGUAAGUCAGCAAUAUGGACCGAAUCAACCAUGGCCAGGACAAGGCGGAUCUCCACUAAUGAGACCUCCACAAAGAGGAGGAAAACCAUUCGCAAUGCCACCACCUCAAGGACCUCAACCGAUAAAUAAAAUGCCAAAUCAAUACGGUCCACAACAUAUGCAACAAUCGAUGCAUUCGCAUUCACAUCAAGGACCGCAACAUAUGCAAGGUCAACAUCCUCAAGGACAACAGCAAUAUCAAGGAGGGCCCGUGGGGAUGUCACAAAAACGCGACAUCAUCUUUCCAUCCGAUACUGUUGAAGCGACACAACCCGUUCUUUAUCGACGUAAACGUAUGAGUAAACACGAUGUUGGACCUGUUGAUCCAUGGAGGAUAUUCAUGUCGCUGAGAUCAGGUCUUCUUGCUGAAAGUACAUGGGCACUCGAUGUCUUAAAUGUUCUACUUUUUGAUGAUUCGUCAAUUGCCUAUUUCGGUCUUGUUCACUUACCAGCGAAUCGUGAAGAUGAAUUAUCAUCUUCAGUUGAUUUGGGUGCAGUUACCGACAUACCAAAUCCAAACGAACAUUUAGUGGUAUUAAAAGCAACAUUCAACUACACAUUACAAUCGCGAAAAGGCGUUCCAAUAAAGUUGCAAGACUCUAGUAAUGAUAUUUUUGUGAUGGACAACCAACGUUCAUGGGAUAUGAUAUCGAAUCGUGAUUGCUUUCUUAAAGCAACUGUUGGAGAUGAUCCAUUUAAUGUUGGACAAGAACCUAAUACCAUCGAGUACAUCAUGAACAACUUUAAAGCUGAAUAUGCAAACAUUCCAUUUGCUAAUUACAUAAAGAGUGAAAAAGGUGGAAGUGGAAGAGUGAGAAGAAAGCCAAUUGAAACACAAUUGAGAUCAAGUGGCGUCAAACGAAUGAGAUUAUCGUCAGAAGAAGAGCGUGAAGUUGAAGAAAUGACAAGAAAAUUAUAUAAUACGCCAAUACGAUCAUCAUCAGUAGCACCAACAGCAACGCCAACAAAUGUUGAAGAAAGAAAAAAGGAAUCAAACACUUCAGAUGCGGAUUGUCGUCAAGUUGACAUGGAUCUAGAAAAAAUGACAAACGGGCCAACACCUGAAAAUGGCAUCGUCAAUGAGAAAGAGAAAAUCAAAUUGGAAUCAACAAAAGUGGAAGAAAAUGAAGUCAUUGAGAAUAGUUUUGAUGUUAGAGAAACGUUACGUGAUCCUGCUAAAAGCUUAAAACGAAAACGAAUCGAUGAUUAUGAAGAUGAAUGUUAUACGAGAGAUGAAGCGAGUUUAUAUUUGAUAACUGACAGUCAUGAUUCACUCGCUCGUCGAUGCAUUUGCCUUUCAACAAUCCUCAGAAAUCUCACUUUCGUGCCGGGCAAUGAAAUGGAAUUUGCUAAAUCAACGACAUUCCUUUCGGUACUAGGAAAGUUGUUGUUGCUUCACCAUGAACAUCCGGUGAGAACGAAGAAACAACGAAAUUACGAUCGAGAAGAAGACGCUGAUUUCUCUGAUUCAUGCAGUAGUCUUCAAGGUGAAAGUGAAUGGUGGUGGGAUUACUUGAUGCAAAUCAGAGAAAAUAUGUUGGUUGCCAUUGCCAAUAUUUCGGGAUAUUUAGAUCUAUCAAUUUAUGAUGAGCCAGUAUCACGCCCUGUUCUCGAUGGUCUCCUUCAUUGGGCUGUUUGUCCAUCAGCUCAUGGUCAAGAUCCAUUUACAACACUUGCCAAUAAUUCUCUUUUAAGUCCACAAAGGCUAGCGCUCGAAGCACUUUGUAAGCUUUGCGUGACUGAUUCAAAUGUUGAUCUCGUUAUUGCAACGCCACCGUUUUCAAGACUGGAAAAGUUGUGUGCAGUGUUAACGAAGCAUCUUUGUAAGAAUGAAGAUCAAGUGCUUCGAGAAUUCUCUGUUAAUUUACUGCAUUAUUUGGCUAGUUCUGACAGCGCAAUGGCAAGAACAGUCGCCAAACAGAGUCCGUGUGUCUCUUAUUUAGUUGCUUUUAUCGAACAAGCAGAACAAACAGCAUUAGGCGUUGCUAAUCAACAUGGUAUCAAUUUCCUACGUGAAAAUCCUGACUCAAUGGGUACAAGUCUUGACAUGUUGCGUAGAGCGGCUGGGGCUCUUCUUCAUUUAUCAAAACAUCCUGAUAAUCGUCCACUUUUUAUGCAACAAGAACAACGUUUACUUGGACUUGUUAUGAGUCAUAUCUUAGAUCAACAAGUUGCUCUCAUCAUUUCUCGUGUUCUUUAUCAGACAUCAAGAGGCAGUGGACCUUUGACAACUGUCCAACAACUUGAGCAAUUAUUGAAUCAAAAUUCACAUGUCAAAUCUAAUCAUGAUGGUGGAAAAAUGGAAUCAUCAUUAUUAUCUCAAACUUCUGCAUCAUUAAUGGAACAAAAACUUCCACCACCAAUGAAUGCACCAAUGAAUCCUCAACAUUUGAGUUCGCAGAACCGAUUGUACAUCAAAAGAGCUCGCGUAGUUAAUGCCGAUUCGAUUCAGACCAACGUGGAUAUUUAUAUCGAAGACGGAGUUAUAAGGUUCAUUGGUAGCCCUGCUGAUUCGGUUGUUCCUGGAGGUGUUCGUGUUAUCGAUGUAGCUGGAAAGUAUGUUCUUCCAGGUGGUGUUGAUCCCAACACUCAAUUUGUCGCUGAAUCAAACGGCGUAUCACCAGCUGAUGACUUUUAUUCAGGAACAAAAGCAUCUGUUGCUGGCGGAACAACAACAAUCAUUGAUUUAAUUGUUCCACAAAAAGGCGAGUCAUUGGUCGAUGCUUAUGACACAUGGCGUAGCAAAGCCGAUGGAAAAGCGGUUUGUGAUUAUGGACUUCGUUGUGGAGUUACAUGGUGGAAUAAUUCCGUUAGCGAUGAAAUGAAGUUACUUUGCGAAGAACAUGGAAUUAAUACAUUCAAUGUAUUUAUGGCUUUUAAAGAUCUUUAUCAACUCAAUGAUACUGAAUUAUAUGAAGUUUUUGAAAGAUGCAAAGAAUUGGGAGCUUUGCCACAAGUUCAUGCUGAAAAUGGAGACAUAAUCGCUAAAAACAUUGAGAAAUUUAUGGCGAAAGGCAUGAUCGGUCCUGAAGGUCAUGAUUUAUCACGGCCAGCAGAAGUUGAAGCUGAAGCAGUAAACAGAUCAUGCGUUAUUGCAAGUCAAACUGAGUCUGCUGUUUACAUCACAAAAGUCACAUCAAAAAUGGCAGCUGAUCAAAUUGCAAGUGCAAAAAGACGUGGAGUCAAAGUAUUUGGCGAAGCUCUUGUUGGUUCCAUUGGUGGUAAAGCGCCUUGUGCACCGUCUGUCUAUACUCAGACAUCGCCUCCACUAAGAUUAAGAGAUCCAGAAAAUUCCAAAUUAUUGCUGAAGCAUUUAGCAUUGGAUGAUUUACAAGUCAUUGCAUCAGGAAAUUGCACGUUCACACGAGCACAAAAAGAAGCAAACAAAGAUGAUUUUACUCAAAUUCCGAGUGGAGUCAAUGGAUCUGAAGAUCGAAUGAAAAUCAUUUGGGAGAAAUGUGUUGUAACAAACUUAAUUGACAUUCAAAAGUUUGUUGCAAUAACAUCAACAAAUGCCGCUAAAAUAUUCAACUUAUACCCUCGUAAAGGUUCAGUUACAGUGGGUGCAGAUGCUGAUCUUGUCAUUUGGAAUCAUCAAGCAAAUGAAACUAUUUCAGCAAAAUCUCAUCAUCAUGCUAACGAUUACAACAUUUUUGAGGGAACAAAAAUCUCAGGUGCACCAGAAUACGUCAUUGUCAAAGGCAAAAUUUGUCUUGAAGAUGGAAAUGUCAGAGUUGCUGAAGGAUAUGGUCAGUUUAUAGGAAUGCCAACACAGUGUUCUCUUAUUUUUAAUGGCAAAAAUGGUGACAGUGACUUAGUUGAUGGUUUCGAUAAACACGUUCAACUUGAUCAGUUCCAAGAAGAAUUCGAAGAUCGAGAUUACGUUCCAGGAAAAGCAGAUUCAACUAUCACAACAUCAACUCAGAUAACAACACACACUGCGAGAGCUCCAAGAGCCGAUGGGGUAAGAGAUCAGCAGGCGUCAAGUUUCUCAAUCUCUAAAGAACUUGAUGAGGGACCAAAGAAAAGCUCUAUUCGCGUUAGAGCACCUCCCGGGGGAGCUUCAUCUGGUUUGAGUUGGGAUACUCAAUCGGAGAGUUUGCAGCGAUACUUUAGCCGCUAUGGGGAGGUGAUUGACUGUGUGGUGAUGAAGAACAAUGAGACGGGAAGAUCAAGGGGUUUUGGAUUUAUAACUUUUGCCGAUCCUGAUAACGUUCAACGUGCUUUGGAAAAUUGUCCUCAUAAUCUGGAUGGGCGAACGAUUGACCCAAAGCCUUGUAAUCCUCGCUCACUCCAUAAACCGAAACGCUCGAAUGCUGGUUAUCCGAAAGUUUUUCUCGGUGGCUUGCCCGCAAAUGUUACAGAGAGUGAUCUGCGUUCAUUCUUUGGUCGAUAUGGGCAAGUCAUGGAAGUGGUGAUUAUGUAUGAUCAAGAGAAAAAGAAAAGUCGUGGAUUUGGAUUUUUAUCGUUUGAUACUGAUGCUGCUGUCGAUAGAGCAACUGCAGAUCAUUUCAUCAACUUAAAUGGAAAACAAGUGGAAAUUAAGAAAGCAGAACCACGCGAUGGUUCAGCUAAUCAUAUGAUGCAGGUAGACCCGAAUCAGUCGAUGGGUGGUGGUUCUCAUUGGGGUGGUCCAAUGAUGGGAAAUGGAAAUUUUCCUAUUGGUUUGCCAAAUAUGAGCAACACCGGCUUCCAGCAGUGGAACACUUCUCAAUCUGGCUACAAUUAUGGUUCGUCAACUCCAUCGAAUCCAUCAUUCGGAGCUUGGCCACAACAAUGGGGCAACAACAAUUACGGCGUUCCACCACAUCAAGCACAACAAUCAGCUCAGGGUUAUGGAUAUGAUUACGGUUACAAUUCGGCUGCAACAGCAGGCAGUUACGGAGCAAACGGAGCGAAUUGGAACUCUUGGAAUCCUAACAUCACGAAUGUUGCACCAAACACUGGUUCAGCAGCAUCAACUGCCGAAAUGUAUCCACAUCGUCCACAAUCCGGUCACAACAUGCAUGCAGCCCCACCACAAACUGGUAACAUUUCGAAGCCUGGUUCAGAUUACAACGGUGGUGCAGCUUAUAAUGGAGCAGCUCCUUAUGGUAAUUAUUAUAAUGAACAGCAAGCGCCGCCUGCUCCAUUCAGUAAUCAAAACCGACCACGCUCUUAUGGUAACAACGAGCAAUAUCCUGCAUUCUAAGAUGUUUUGUUGAAUUUUUUUCGGACUUGAGAAUGUUUCAACAAUUUAAGAGAAUUCAAAUUCAUAACGAUAACUUUUUUCAUUUUUGAUUUAUUUUUAUUUUCUUUUUUUUUGUCGUCUCAAAGCUUCUUCAUCAUAGUUUAGACAAAAGUUUAAACAUAAACAAGAAAAGGAAGAAAAAAAGAAAAAAGAAUAUUUUAAAUUCGCCUCCUCCCCCCUCAUUUUUCAUCAUCCGAAUUAUCUUUUUGAGCUGACUGAAUAAGUUUUUAAUUCUUGACGAUGUAAAAGAAGAAACUAUAGAAAACAAUAAGAUGAAGUAAAUUGUUAUUAUAUUUCGAUUAAAUUUGUAUCAAUUUAUAUUUUAUGAUUCUUUCUUAAUUGCUCAAGAUGUAUUUUUAAAUUAUAAUUUUUAAAAACAACCCAAUAAUGCGAACAAUUUUUGAAAUCGCAACAAGAUGAAACCUGAAAGCAAACAGUCCGUUAGCAAACCGGCUUGAUGUUGUUGAACCUUUUUAUUUGAACUUUUUUUCUUUUAAUUAAAGAAAAGAAGAGAAAAAAAUUAAAUCAUAAGGUGCAAAAAUAGAUUUAAAUUUGAUGGUAUCUAACAUUAUAAAAAAAUAAGAAACAAACAAAAGAAUCCUUCGACAAGAAUUGUUCAACUUUUUAUUACGUCAUAAAACGAAGUUUUUAGCGGUCAAAACGAAGAAAUUAUAGCGGUUAUGGUUUAAUUAGCCUAAGAAAGAAUGUAUUAAUUCGGAAAUCGUCUUUUAUUGUAAAGUUGAAAAAGUAAAAAAAUCUCUUUUGCACCCGAAGAUCCGCAAAAUCAAUAGCAUGAUGAUGUUAAAAAAUCUUCAUUCCAAUAAGCACUCUAAUGAAUUAAGAUGAUGAUGAGAAGUUUACAAUUUUUUACUACUUUAUGGAACAACAGAUACAAAUAACAAUCCUUUUUUAUACACAAAAAUAUUAAGAUGAUUAGUAAACAACAAAGUACGAAACGUUUUUUAUUUUAUAUUACAAGUAAACAAUAAUAAGAAGAAGCAAAGCAACAAAAAUGAUGAAAAAAAAAACAAGAAAAAAAUU